AUGUCUGCUACAGGCUACGAGGCAGUUUGCACCUUGCACCUGAACUACUCCAUUGUGUCUCGAAUGGAAGCCGUCGACGUGAGAGACGGUUGCAUGAAGUUGCAUGCGCAAUGUUCGGAACUCAAGAAGCCCAUGGACAUCAUCAGACACUUGGAGGACGAAAUCGCCAAGGCGGAGAUCAAGUUGAGCAACUUUCCCCAGUUGAAGCUCUCCAAAGCAGAUUGCUGUUCCAUCCUGCUACAGGCCGUUUUGCAUCCAGCAAGACAGUACGUGGCGCUGCACGGCAACGCCAACAGCUGGAGUGAGCUCACGAAGAGUCUCAAGUAUUUUGAAGAACAGCUGAGGAUGUGCGACGUGCCGACUGCAGCGAACCGUGGAAUGGACGGCAAGCUUUGCGACCAUUGCGGCAAGCAUGGUCAUGUGGCAAAGGAUUGUUGGUCUUGA